AGAAUCAAAGUACAAAAUGGCGGAACUGAACGAACGGAAGUAGGUUUCAGAGGUCUUUCCUGUGCCCUGUUAGUAAAAGCUAGUGCAAAAUUAAGAAUAUGGACAAGUUUGAGCAGUGUUUUUGGGAACAAAAGGGCUACGAUGAGCUUCGUAAACUUUGCCGUCAAGGUAGUGACUUCUGCAAGGAAGUUGCUAAUAUUCUGAAUGAAAGAUCAAAGAUUGAGCAAAAUUAUGCUGAUCAGCUUACAAAGUUAUCCAAUAAGGCAAGCAAACUUGGUGGAAAAGAUCUUUCUGGAACUCUACAGGCAACAUGGGAGAAGCUUUCCAAAGAAAUAGAAAAUGAAGCAGAAGUUCACAAAACCCUAGGAUAUCAAUUACAUAAUGAAGGCUAUAAACAAAUGAAGGCAUUUGUGGAAGGUCAAAGUAAAACUAGAAAGACUGUUGAAGCUGCAGUUGAAAAAUCAUUGAAAGCUUUUAAUGACAAAGUAAAUGAGUCUGUUAGGGCUAAAAAGAAUUCUUAUUCCAAAGCAAAAGAAGUAGAAACUUUACAUGAACAGCUAGAGGAAUUUCGUCUGGGGAGAGGUAGACCCAUCUCAGAGAGGGAUGUUGUGAAGCUUGAAGGAAAAAUUAAGAAAGCAAAAGAAGCAUCUUCCAAGACUGAUAAAGAGUAUAGAGAUAUCUAUAAGAAAACAGAGAGGACCAGGCUAGAGUGGGAAGCAAGUAUGAGUAAAUGUUGCCAGACUUGUCAAAAAUUAGAGGAAGAAAGAAUUGAUCAUCUUAAAGAAAUUUUCUGUUUGUAUUCAAACAUGCUCGCUGCAGUUACACCACAGCUCCAUCAGAUUUAUGAAAACAUUCAACAAGAAUCAUCGAAAAUUCAACCAGUAGAAGAUGUAAUAUUGAUGGCAGAUACAAAGGGAACGCCCAGGGAACCAGCAGAACAGAUACUUUAUGACUGCUUCGAGGAGGACUUAGAAAAUAACAUGAACUUUGAUAGAAGAAAAGAAAUAUUGGAAAACAAAAUAAGAGUCAUGACAGCAGAACUGGAAAAAGAAAAGAAUGCUAAAGAAGGAAUCAAGACCCUAUUGGAAACCUAUACUGAUAAUCCUGAAUAUACUCAUCAAGAGGGGCAACAAGAUGUUGCUACACAAUGGAAGCAUGCUACUGCUGUGAUUGAUAGUUUACAAGCCAGUCUGUUUAAGCUACAGUGUGCACUAGCAAAUGUCUGUGGCCAUGACAAACCUACCCAUCAACUGAUGGAUUAUAUCACUACAACAAGAGACAAGCAGGGAGUUGUACAAAGUGUACUACGGAUUCCUUUGGAUAGAGUUGCUGGUCAUUCCCAUGAUCCAUUGUAUGAUCCACAUGAUACCCACAUAACAGAUGAUGAAUUUGAUGAUGAAUUUGCAGCAGAGACUGUUCUGUGUCAAUGUAGAGUUCUGUAUGAAUUCAUUGGUGAACAAAGUGAUCAGCUGACCAUUAGACCUGGAGAAAUUAUUAACGUUACAGAAAAGAUGAAUGAUGGCUGGUGGAGAGGAGAAGUCCAUGACAUGAAAGGCUUCUUUCCUGAAUCUUAUGUGGAACAAAUUUAAUAGCAACCUAUUUAUAUGGUACCAAAUAUACCAAAAAAAUAAAACAUAGGUCUUACAUAAUUAUCAAUUUCAAGUUUGUACACAAUGAAAGACCCAAUGAAAUUGACUAUUUUGAAAUUUGAUGAAGAAAAAACAAUUGUAUUGAAGUUUACUCUAGAAAAAAUUAACCUAAACAACUGUCAGAUAUAAUUCCUACUAGAAUAUGGUCAGGAACCUAAUAGUUGAUGUUGGGGCUUAACCACUAAGAGGACAAAAAUCAAUUUCAACUCUCUUUAAAGUAGCGUUGUGGCAGAAACAAUAUCAAGCUUUUAAAAAACACAUGUAGUACCAAAGCAUAUAGCCAUAACAUGGUCAUUGAAUGGUCAUUAUUCAGUGAUUGUUCAAGGGCUGUUGAAUAGGCAAGACAACCAGACAUAUUUAGAAAAGUUUCAGGGAAAUUGUAGAAAGUCCUGUAUUUUUGAAUUGUCAUUGGGAAUCACCAGAUUCCCAGAUGUUAGAGUUGUGCAAUAAUAUUAUUAUAAAAGCAUCUGGGGAUAGAAAGCAUACAUACUUACAAUAAAAAAGUUAAAACAGGCAACACAUCCACUUUUUGUGUCUUUUUUGAAUACCAGUGUGCAGUAAUCUAUAGCUGCAAGACAUGCAUUCCAACGGAUGUUUUAACAUUCUAGUGAUUUCCAUAGUAAAUUGGUUUUGAUAGGUGCAAGUAAUUAGAUUUUAAGUUAAGAGCCAUGAAAAUAUUGUAAAAAAAUUAGGUUUAAAAUAAUGUGCUUGGAAAAUAAUUAUUGUUAGUAACGUGGUUACAGAUGAAAAAUAUUUUAAUGAGUUAUAACAUUAAUGUCAAUGAAAAUUUACAUAAAGGUUAAGAUGCUAGACCAAGGGUCGCAGGCCUGAGGUCUUGAAUUUCAAUGCUAAGCCGAGCGCCUGCGUUUUAACUGGUUUAAAAACCAACCAAUCCAAUUUCAAUGGAAAACCUGUCCCUGGUUUUGAAUUCAGCCCUGCUCUCCCUUGUUAAUGUCACCCUUGUUAAUAUAUAAAGUCGCCCCCAACUUUGGACAAAGGUUAAAUUUAGGUUUUCCAUCGAAAUUCAAAGCCCACAUCAAACAAUAAAGAUAGGGGGUGGUCAUUAAAUAAAGUCUUUGCUGUAAAAGAAUGUAUUUUAGCAUUUAACAGUAUUUUCCCUUCCAGGUGAAGUACUUUUUUUUCUUAGUUUACUUUAGAUAAAUUAUGUAAUAAAGGAGAAGGAACACA